UGGUAUGCUGAUUUACAAUUUUUUAUUAAUUAUAUACAGUCAAAUAUGCUGGAUAGACAUUGCCCUACUUUUGAAGGUCAAAGCGUGUGAUGGAGAUAUACUCCACCAAUUCUUCUCAAUCAUUAUGCGGAAUGAUUUCUUUUAUGCCCACGACUCUCCAACCGAACAAUGACGCGGCAUUGCCAAAAUAAUACAAACCCAAAAUCCAAAACCGGGAUAAAUUUAAAAAAACCUAAUUUGUAUUCGAUAUUGAUUGUGCAGGCGCUGCAUUUUGGUCUUUCACAAGUUUUCUGAACAAACUUCUGGCUGGUCUGUCGAAGUUUGUUGUCUCCUUUGAUUUGCCUAUUCAAAACCCAAUUUAUUUCAGCCAAUGAGUAUGGUUUCCAACGAUAAGGCCGCUGUAACGAAAGAGCUUAAUGACAAGCACCGACGGAUAUUGGAAAGUCUUCUAAGGCUGCCAGACAAUAGGGAGUGUGCCGAUUGCAAAAGCAAAGGCCCAAGGUGGGCAAGUGUGAACCUAGGUAUCUUUGUGUGCAUCCAAUGUUCAGGAAUACACAGAAGCCUCGGUGUGCACAUCUCAAAGGUUCGUUCUGCAACCUUAGACACAUGGCUUCCAGAGCAAGUUAGCUUCAUCCAGAGUAUGGGCAAUACUAAGGCAAAUGCUUACUGGGAAGCUGAGCUUCCGCCAAGUUUCAAGAGACCUUCAGAAAAUGAUCGAGCUGGCCUUGAACAUUUUAUUCGUGCAAAGUAUGAGGCAAGAAGAUGGAUACCACGAAAUGUAAGUUCACCUUCAAAAACGCAGGAGGAAAAGUGUUUACCUGCAGAUAAACAGCAGAUUCUAAGGCAUGAAAAAGAACACAGAGAGCAUGCUGCUUCAGAAAGGCUUCAUAGUUAUAAUGGAGAUACAAAUAAAGGAGGGAAAGAGAAUGAUCGUUGUCAUGCAAGGAAUGUUAGAGAUGCACAAAGAACUCAGGGUCAAACUCGUCAGGCUGGGCCAUCAAAAUCUUGUUCAAAUCCAAGUUCUCAUCAGUCUUCCUCUUCCUCUUCCAUAACUAUGCCAUCAAAGUCUCCUGAGCAAUCACAUCAUCAGGUUCCAUCAACAACUGGUGCUGCACCUGUCAUUGGAGAUGAAAAGAGUUCUGUUGCUAGUAACCCUAAGAUUGAUCCAGCAACCGAGCUUUUCAACCUCCUGAGAAUUGAAGAUCCCACACCUCUCAGCAAUGGGGCAUCUCCUUCCCAAGCAGAUGAUAAAUCAUGGGCAGCAUUUCAAUCUGCAGAAGCAACAGAACCAGGUGAAAAGAAGCUUGCAAGAGUGAAUGUGACAGCUAAGGAUGAUGUAAUUGCAGGACUAGAGGACUUAUUCAAAGCAUCACCUCCAGUUAUGGAUAAGCAAGGACAGUCACAUUUUCCAACAGAUAUGAAAAAAGAUAUCAUGAUGAAUAAAUCAGCACAGCCCCAGAUGCUUACUUAUGCAAAAGACAAUAUAAUGAGCCAGUUUGAAAAGUCUGCCAUUUCUUCUCCAUAUGUUCUGCAUCAACAACAAAUUGCAGCACUUUUGGCUCAGCAGCAGUCAUGGAUGAUAGCUGCUGGAACAGCUCCUGGGGGUAAGCAAGCAGGUUUGUACCAGGGACAGCAACAACAGCAUGCAUUUCAAAAUAAUGGAAGUAUACCAGCAUUGGAUAAUUUUGGACGGAUACCAGGCCAAGGUUGGUCAGGUAUCAAUUCCCAGUUUCCUGGGUUUAUACAGAGUAUGGGAACACAAAAUGGUCUGCUCUCAGCACCCCAGGCCAACGGCUUUGUGCAAAAUAAUACAUUACCCCCUCAAGCAUUUGGAGGAGUUCCCAGUAUGUACAACAUGGCCAUUCCUAACAGUACAGGGGCAUACACAAUCGCAGAAUCUUCCACCAGGGGACCACCCUCAGUUAUCCGAUCUACCGUAGCUCCUUCUGCAAGUCCAAGCACCACCUCUGCGAACGGUUAUGAUCUGUCGUCGCUUAUGGCUGGGACCUUUUCAAAACAGUAAAUAUUUUACGGGCCAAUGUGAAUGGGCACUAUUUGUGAAAGGGAUAAUUGGGUGCCCAAAGGCAAUAAUAUAAUCGAAUUCCUAAUGAUCUGUAAUUUUAACAUUAUUGUCUUUAUUAGAUGGCUUCAUUGAGCUAGAUUAGAGUAGGUUAAUUUUGUGCCAGGAUGAUUCCCGGUUCAUUGUGGAAGUGAAUUGCAGAUGAAAAAUUAUUCGUCUUGGCUUUUUGAAAUAAUCAAAUAUGCAAAUUGCUUAGAUAUUCAGAAUA